UAAACUUUCUCUCUUCUCUUCCGUUCCGUUUCCCUUCCCUCUCCGAAGCAAAUUGUAACCCUUAACUCCAUCAGCAAGAAAAAUCGGGAGAGGCAGCGAGCGGCCGGAGAGGCAGUGACAGGCGGCCGCUCGCGAGGCAGCGAAGGGUUGCACGCUAAACAGUCGCUGACUCGCGAGAAUAGUGAGUUUGGGGAACGAAGCGAGUCGGCGGAAUAAGAGAAAAUGAGCUCCGGCAAUAGCUCUGUGAGCUUCCGCAUGUGGAACAUGAACCGACAAGCCUAAGCGGAGCAGAUCGCCACAGGAUGGCCUGCGUGGCUGAGCAAUGUGGCCGGAGAAGCCAUUCAUGGAUGGGUGUCCCUCAAAGCUGACUCUUUUUUGAAAUUAGAGAAGGUAAUAUCGUGUACUUUCGAUUUUCAAUUCAAUUGUGUUGUUCCUUUUUUUUCUCGAAAAGGUCAAUCAAAUUUAUCUAAAAUUCAGCAGAAAAAAAUUGACGAGUAAAUUAUUGUAAAUUUUGAGCCUGAGAGUGUUAGGUUUAUGUCAAGGGAGAUAGAGAUCCUUCACAAGCUUAUCAUCCAAAUAUCAUCAAGCUGGAAGGCUUAAUUACUUCCUGAUUAUCAUGCAGUAUGUACCUUGUUUUUGAAUAUAUGGAGCAUUAUCUUGCAGGGUUAUCAUCUUGUCUAGACCUCAAACUCACUAAUCUACAGGUCAUGCACAUUGUUUGAAACUAUUUCAAAUAUAAAAUAAACAAAAAAUAUAUCACAGAAGAAACUUGACCAAGGACAUAUUUUGUAGAUCAAAUGUUAUAUGCACCAGUUACUCUCUGAGCUCGAACAUUGUCAUUCACACAGUAUCAUUCAUCGUGAUAUCGAAUGUGCAAACCUCUUAGUUAACAAUGAAGGGAUUCUAGAGAUCUCUGAUUUCGGUUUAGCUAACACUUGGAAUCCUGAUUUGUGGAGCGUUGGAUGCGUACUUGCAGAACUUUUUCUUGGCAAGCCUCUUUUACGAGGAAGAACUAAGGUUGAGCAACUAGAUAAAAUAUUUAAGCUUUGUGGUUCUCCACCUGAUGAAUUUUGGAGGAAUUCUGACCUACCUCAUGCAACAGUUUUCAAGCCUCAAGGACUUUAUGUAAAUUGCAUCAAAGAAACGUUUGAGUGUUUACCAGAUGGUGCAUUAAGUAUUUCAGGGCUCGGUCGUAUGCAUGUGAACCAUCCAGCUUACCAAAAUAUCAGCCCAACAAAGAAAUUGAUUCAAAGGAUGAUGCUGCUGUAGGUGAAGGUGUCUCAGAGAGCCUAGCUCCAUGUCAAGGACUACAAAUACUAAUCAUAUUUGUUAAUUUCAAAAUCGAAUUUUAUGUUAGGACAUGUGAGUUUGAGAUACUCACUAACCUAGAGGGAUCUUUUCAUGUUACUCGUGCUUCUGAAAUAAGUAGGGAUGCAUUGUGUCACUCUUUCUGCUACUCAUUUGUACUCCUUACAUGACUGGUUUUGCUUAAGUUAUAAAAGUUCUGUUUGGUACA